GAUUGCAAAUAAACUUCUCGCUUAACAAACGCAAACACAUCUGUGUCAAUGGGUGGGGAUCAUUAUCAGAGUCCGCAUUUAAAUACUCUACAUCUGCAUAUUCGCAGCAUAUAUUAUCGUACAGCUGAAGUUGGAGUUGACGUAGAGAAUUAACGAAUUUUAGAAAGUGCCAACAAUGAAAACGUUAAUAGUCCUUGGGGCUGUUAUAUUAGCAGCGUGUGCAGCACCUGAAGGCUACUUUAAGCAAGAAUACCAAUUUAAGAAGUCCUCAUCCACGUACAAAAAUAACCAGUUGGAGACAAAGAAUGACGAUGAAGGAUACUACGGCAAACAUGGCGAUUUAACAGGAGAGUCGGUACCGCAGGUGCAACAACACAACCAGCACUCUGAAUACAUAAGCCCAAUGGUUGAUAAUGUCGGCCAUUCCCUGACCACUUACAACGAUCGUGAUUUAACUUCCGAGGCCGAGAGUGCAUUCAAAGCGCACAAUAUCCUUCCCGGAACAAAUCGGCAAUAUUCCCAGAGUACAUACACGACUCGAUCAAACUUGGGCCAAAUCACCCAAAAUCUACAAUAUGAUAUGGAACAGCAGCUGCGUGAUGCUAUUAGGGCAAUGAGGACUCAGUCGGCAUAUGGUAGCACUCAAAUGCGAUCCGAAGAUGUGCAAUAUUUGGAGAAUCAACUGCGUAAUAACAUCACUAGGCAGUUACAACAAAGUCUUCACAACCAGUAUGGGGCACAAACCACCAGGGGUCAAUCAUCCUACAGCACCACAUCCGCAGGUGGUUACAAUCCUACAGCCAACUACGACACCAACGAGUUGACCAAUUUACGUCAGCAGAUGGAAAGAGAAUUGCUUAGGAAACUCCACGAAGGUACCAGCUCAUCAUCAUAUGCCCAAAGCAGCAGCAGUAGUUCCAGUAGUAAUUGGAACUCAUAUGGAGCCAGCAACAGAGGAUAUCAACAUAGAGAUUCUGCCGAAGUCGAUGAUUUAAACACGCACGGUCACCGCCAGGUCCCUAGCAGUUCAAACUAUCGCCCCGUUCCUGGAAACAACGAUUUUCAACGGCCUGAAAGAUUCAGCUAUGGCCAACAACCCGCGUCCAGUUCCCAAACUUCCUACGGAUCAAGUUAUGGACAAGCAUCUCAAUCAGGAUCAAGAUACUAUGGUUCCAGCUAUGAUCGUGACUUCCCCACAUUAUCGCAGUCUCAAAUCACCGUGAAUCCAACCAGGAGAGUUACCGAUGUCCUGCAAGGCGUUCAGAACGACCUUAACCAACAAGUGCGCGAAGCAUUGAGCACCUAUCAAGCAAGAUAUUCCGGAUCCUCGUAUACCUUGACCAAUAGCCGACCAGAUUAUAAUGUUGCUUUAGAUGACCUCAAACGCCAGUUACGCUACAACAUCACUAGAAAGAUUGAAGACGAAUUGGAUCGUACCUAUGGGCGUCAAGACGUUCGAGGUGAAUACUCCUUUUCUCAAAACCAGCGCACAAAUGCCAAUUACAAAACAGCGGAUUUAGAGGAUCUCAAGAAGCAGAUCGAGAAUAAUUUGAUCAACUAUCUGGAGACCUCAUUCCGCUCUUACGAGUCUCACCACCAACAAUCUCGCACGCAGUACACCAACUCCCAGAGAGACUACACGAACCAAGGUCCACAAUACACGCAGUCUUUGACUUCCGACACCGCCCAAAAUCCGACUUAUGUCCGCUAUGAACCCAGUAGAUCAUGGAGUUCACAGUCCUCAUGGAGCUCUCAAUCAUCGUACGGUUCGACCCCGGAUGGAAACACUCAACAACCACUCAAUUCCCAAUUGGAGCAAAUCCGUGCUCAAUUGCAACAAGACCUCAGCCGCCAGCUGCAAUCAGCAGUGUACGAGCAGAAAAGCCAUUCUUCUUACAACACCCAGAGCCAGAGCCAAGUUGAGCAGCUUCUCAACAAUGAACUCAGAAGUAAUCUCACCAGACGUCUCGAGGAAACCCUGAAUCAACACUAUGGUAAACAAGGCAUCCGUGGAGGUCAAUCCUAUACCAUUUCUGCAACCGGGGUUUACAGCCCGAAUGCCAAUUAUCGUCAAGAAGAUUUGAAUCGAUUGCGCCAACAAUUGCAAGAUGAUCUAGUUAGAAACCUUCAGGAACAACUGCGCACUUCUCAAUACAGCGCUUCCAGCGGUGGAUACAACAGUGGCUACAUGUCACAAGGUCCGAGGCGGCCGGUGGUCGCUCAUGAUGGACAAGGUCAAGUCGCAGAAGAUUUGGGUCAACAAACUAUCGACGACCUCGGGCAGCAACUUGAAAAUGACGACGAUUUGGUACAGAAAACCUAUGAACCUGGGUUUGAAGUGGAUUCACACACAAAGCCUGUUCGGGGAGAUAUUGGGCAAGCCAAUCUUAAACCAGAGGUUAGGAACAAAACAAAGCCAAUAGGACAACAGAUAGAAGAUCUUGGGCAAAAAUAUGAAGACUUAGACGGACUCACUCAACAAACUGAAGAUGACUUUGGUCAGUUUGAGUUGGGUAGUAACAAUAGGAAUUAUGGCAAUUUGCAAGUGGGCAGUCAAGUAAAACCAAAAUUAGUAGGUCAGCAUACUGAAGAUUUGGGUCAGCAAGUUGAGGACCUAGGGCAAUUAAAUCAAAACGAAGACGACUUUCAAAAACCAAUGCCUGAUGAAACGUUUGAAUUAGGCAGUAACGGAAACCGUGGAAACUUACAAAGCGGUAGUCAAAGGAAACCCGUAAUAGUUGGGCAGCAAACAGAGAAUUUAGGGCAACAAAUUGAAGAUCUAGGACAGAUAGAAGACAAUGAAGAUUACCAAAAACCAAUGACUGAUGACACUUUUGGACAGUUUGAAUUGGGAAGUAACAGAAAUCGCGGAAACUUACAAAGCGGUAGUCAAAGAAAACCGGUAUUAGUAGGCCAGCAAACAGAAAAUUUAGGACAACAAAUUGAAGAUCUAGAACAGAUAGAACAAAACGAAAACUUCCAAAAACCUAUGACUGAUGAUGAUUUUGAGCAAAUCCAAGUUGGCAGAGAUGUAGGUCAACAAACGGAAGAUCUCGGUCAAAAAACCGAAGAUAUCGGCCAACAAACCAUGGAUUUGAAUCCUGGCGCCACUUAUUCGCAGACUACAAAUAAUCAGGAAUCCGUAGAUUAUGCCGAUGAUAUAAUUCUUGGUGUCCAACCUUUACAACAUAAGACUACCACAACAGCAAAGCCUUCAACAACAACUUACGCCACGUACAGCGUAUAUCGAAAUAGAUACUACCCAAAUAGAUAUAGUUCAGGAAACUACCUGCGACCCACCUCAACCACUGAAAAAAUGACUGUCUUCAACCAAGAACAAGAGAUCGACAGACUUGCUGACCAAUUGGCUGAGACCCAUGGAACUCAGGAUGGGUUCAAUAACGAAUUCAUCGAUCACGGAGACUACUUGCAACAUAAACCACAAGGUCCGCAAGUUAACGAUUUCCAUCUACCCGAGACGCAAUUCAAUGACGAUUUCACCCAACAACAUCAAGAAGAAGAUUUCAACAUGUUCCAAAAUCCCGAAAAUGAUGGUGCACCACCCGCAAUGAGUUUGAGUGAUGUACAUCGUUCGUACAUCGCUCAAGAUCAAUACAGAGGUGCACCACACGGACAGCAGUUCAAUCCAAAUCAAAUUUCGCAGUCUAGAAGACUACCAACGGAACAAGAACAGGAUUUACAAAGACCAGAAGACGAUCAACAAGUGUUGCCAACUAUGCCUAGCGCAACCAUCCCAGUCAAUCAUUACAGACCAAACAACCAUCAGAGCCAUGAUUUUGAUGAUGCGCAACACCAUAUAGAUCUAGACCUUGGGCGUGAACCAUAUGUACCACCCUAUCAACAAUUAAUAAGGAUGUAUAAUAGUAAUACAUCUCCAGUAAAAUACCCGGAGGGAAACCAAGAACAAUAUGAAGAAGUGUCACCUCCACAAGAAACUCAAAAUCAUCCAGACCCUGCAGACAAAGAUACAAGUUCAGCAGGCAUUGAAGAAGAGGAGGCCGUCACUGAAGUAGUAAAACCGUUAGGUUUUUGGCAAAAAGUUGGUGGUAAAAUCACCAGUAGCUUUAAAACAGUAAAGCAAAAAGCUAAAGAUCUUGUAGGGCCAAAUAAGAUGCCUCAACGAAUGAUAAAAUAACUUAUAAGCGUUAUGUAGAUUUGUAGCAAAUUAAAACUGUUAGAAAAAUAUAUGAAUCAAGAACUUUCCAUAA